AUGGUGAUAGGCUUCUUGGUUCUCACCUCGAUUCCCACUGUGACCGGUGUGGCGCAAGCCAUCUCUGCGCAGAAGACUCGAAACGAGCGUCAAGAGGAUGAGAAACGAAUGAAAAAGUUUCAUAUUGAUGUCUAUUGCGAAGCGGAAAGUUCGCGUACCAAAGAGAUUCAGGACAAAAGGCUCGUUCUAAGGGAUGACCGGGUGUGGAUAGGACCGCAUAAAGCCCUCAAUCCAUGCCUGGAAGGUUAUGUUGCCGAGGCCUUUUACAUCGAGUAUCCGGACAACGAACGAGUUCCAGUACCGAUCGGCCUAGUCAGUCAAGUUCAAGAUGAUCCUCCGCUGUUGAAUUGGAUAUACGUGGACAGGGACACGAUGGAGCUGAAGUACGGGAACAAAUCGGCCAGCAUAGACCACCAUGUUGGCCCAUGGGACUGGACGGGGAACGAGGAAAGCAUAACAUUUGAUGAAGCUGAAGGGUUCACCGCGGUUGAAGAUCCCAAUACACACCAGUGGCGGAUAUAUUACGACAUGGAUAAUGAUGGCCUGAGCAGAUUCGUACCGAAAGGGAGGCAGAAAAUCCCGGUCAGUUUGGAGAGGACGCUGCUCCCAGGAGCGUAG